CCCUGUGACCUGUCAAAAAGUGUUUAUUUCCACGUGUUUGCAGAAGUGUUUGCUGAAAAAUGUCUCUCCUUAGAAUUAGGAAACCCACAACAAGAAAAGGGAAACAAGUUCUUCUCAAUCGUGAACCGAAAUUGUUGGAAAAUGCGAAAAAUACACUCAUUCUGGAGGGUCGAAAGUGUUCCGGAGACAUCAAAGCUGCUCUGAAAGAUCUCUACAAUCUAAAGAAGCCACUGGCAAAGCGUCUUUCUCGCAGCAAUGAAAUAACUCCCUUUGAAGAUGAAAUUCCUCUUCAACAGCUGGCUGAAAAGAAUGAGUGCAGCAUGUUUAUGUUCGGCUCCACAUCUAAGAAGCGCCCCAAUAAUCUUAUACUUGGACGUUUAUACGAGAAAGAACUUCUUGAUAUGGUAGAGUUGGGUCUGGUGAAGUACCGGGGUCUUCAAGAUUUCAAGAAUGAAAAAAUCACAGAGAAUGUAAAACCCUGUUUGGUGUUCAAUGGGCCCAAAUGGACGCAAUCUGAUGAAAUACGUCGACUGAAGUGUCUCCUCAUUGAUGCUUUUCAUCGAGAGACUGUGGAAAGUCUGCGUCUCCAGGGAAUGGAACAUGUGCUCAGCUUUACUCUCACCGAAGAUAUGACUCUCCUCAUGAGAUCGUAUAAGAUUCUAUUGAAGAAGUCCGGACAGAAGACACCGCGAAUUGAAUUAAUGGAAAUUGGACCGGCCUGUGAUUUUGUAAUCAGACGCACUAAAAUCGCCUCACAGGAUUUGUAUAAGUUGGCAAGGAAGAGACCGAAGCAGCUGAAGACGUUGAAGAAGAAGAAUCUGUCGACAGAUGUAUUCGGCAACAAGCAUGGUCAGGUUCACUUGGGAAAACAAAACAUACACAAGAUACAGACCAGGAAAGUGAAGGCACUGAAGAAAGUUAUGGAAGAAAGGAAAGCAGAGAAGCUGAAUGGAAAUGAAGCGGACAGUGCAGAAGAGGAAUAAAUGUUCUAUGAAAAAAUAA